UUCUUUUUCCUCUCCCCCGCCGGCGCCGCCGAUAUCAAUGGAGAAUUAUCAGAUGUUUUUCCUCUGCUCCGGCGGCGAAGGGUUGUCGGCUUAUCAUCAUCCCGACAUGUCGUCCGAAAGUGGGUCCGAUGUUUUUGGGAGUUUUCACGGUGGGAAUCUGCAGGGAAAUGGGUUUAUGAAGAUGGAGACGGCGGCGGUGGUGGAAGGCGACAGGAAUAGCGGCGGCGAUAGCUACCAGAUCGGCGGCGGAAAAAAGAAAGGGGAGAAGAAGGUGAGGAAACCGAGAUAUGCUUUUGAGACAAAGAGCCAAGUUGACAUUCUUGAUGAUGGAUAUCGUUGGAGGAAAUAUGGUCAAAAAGCUGUCAAAAACAACAAGUUUCCUAGGAGCUAUUAUAGGUGCACGCAUCAAGGAUGUAAUGUGAAGAAACAAGUGCAAAGGUUAACAAGAGACGAAGGGGUAGUGGUGACAACAUAUGAAGGCAUGCACACACACUCCAUUGAUAAGCCAACAGAUAACUUCGAACAAAUCUUGAGUAGAAUGCAGAUAUACGGUACAUCUUACUGAGAAAAGAAAAAUGAUCUUCCGUUCGAUGAAGACGAUGAUCGAAGAGAGAAGCCAACGCCAUGAUAUUGAAUCAAAUCACACACAUUAAUACUUGUGGAUAGUGUAAUCAAAACAUGGCCGAUCGUGUUUUAUACUCAUCAUCAGCUCCUCGGUUUAUUUUCAAUAUGUAGAAAUUAAUAACAUAGCGAUAUUGUUAGA